AUGUGCAAUCUUGCCUGGACUAUACACUCGAAAUUUGAAGACUGGAGGAUUGCCAGGGAAGAUAAGAGAGAGAAACAGCAGGCAGAGGCUAGAAAUAACGCGUCUACUGCUGAAAAGCUGGUGUCUUUUGAGGAACGAAUUGCUGAGCUGGAGAAGAAACUGCAGAAGGGCCUGGAAACGGUCACUAAGGAUGCUGAAAGCGUCGAUAGAGGGCGGCAGAAGACCCUCCUUCGGCUAAACGACAACCAUGCACGCAUGAAUGCUCGCUUGGAAGAGCUGGAGAAGAACAAGUGCAAGUGCAAUUUGACUAAGUCAAACGACAUCGACCCUCUCACCGCAAAGAUCAGUGAGCUCGACACUGUGAAAAUGAAGCUGUCUACGAUCAAGCCUUUUCGCGUCAACGUACCCGCCUCCACCCCAGCAAAAGUUCCGUCACUAUCAGAAGUUGUUGCAGCGCUUAAUGCUGGCUAA